CUGCGGCUCCUCAGUCGGCGGCGGCUGCUGCUGCCUGUGGCCCGGGCGGCUGGGAGAAGCGGAGUGUUGGUGAGUGACGCGGCGGAGGUGUAGUUUGACGCGGUGUGUUACGUGGGGGAGAGAAUAAAACUCCAGCGAGAUCCGGGCCGCGAACGAAAGCAGUGACGGAGGAGCCAGUACCACCGGUAACUAAAUGACAAUGGAAUCUGGUGCAGAGACCCAACAGAGUGGCGAUGCAGCUGUAACGGAGGCAGAAAAUCAACAGAUGGCUGUACAAACACAACCACAGAUUGCAACAUUAGCACAGGUUUCUAUGCCAGCAGCUCAUGCAACUUCAUCUGCUCCAACAGUGACCUUAGUGCAGCUCCCUAAUGGGCAAACUGUUCAAGUCCAUGGAGUUAUUCAGGCAGCCCAGCCAUCAGUUAUUCAGUCUCCACAAGUCCAAACUGUUCAGAUUUCUACUAUUGCAGAGAGUGAAGAUUCACAGGAAUCAGUAGAUAGUGUCACAGAUUCUCAAAAAAGAAGAGAAAUUCUUUCAAGGCGGCCCUCCUACAGGAAAAUUUUGAAUGACUUAUCCUCAGAUGCACCUGGAGUGCCAAGGAUUGAAGAAGAAAAAUCUGAAGAGGAGACAUCAGCACCAGCCAUUACGACUGUGACGGUGCCAACUCCAAUCUACCAGACUAGCAGUGGGCAAUACAUUGCCAUUACCCAGGGAGGAGCAAUACAGUUGGCUAACAAUGGCACAGACGGGGUACAGGGCCUGCAGACAUUAACUAUGACAAAUGCAGCUGCCACUCAGGCCAGCACUACCAUCCUGCAGUAUGCUCAGACCACUGAUGGGCAACAGAUCCUCGUACCUAGCAACCAAGUUGUUGUUCAAGCUGCCUCUGGAGAUGUACAAACGUACCAGAUUCGAACAGCACCCACCAGUACCAUUGCACCUGGUGUUGUGAUGGCAUCAUCCCCGGCACUUCCCACCCAACCUGCAGAAGAGGCAGCACGAAAGAGAGAAGUUCGUCUAAUGAAGAAUAGGGAAGCAGCACGUGAGUGUCGUAGGAAGAAAAAGGAAUAUGUGAAAUGUCUAGAGAACAGAGUGGCUGUGCUUGAGAACCAAAACAAGACACUGAUUGAAGAGCUGAAAGCACUUAAGGACCUUUACUGCCACAAAUCGGAUUAAUUUUGGAUUUUCGUUUUCACCUCCUAAGGUGGAGAAAAUGACUGGUUUGUCCACAGCCAGAAAGACAAAGUAAACUUUUUAUUUUCUAAACAGUUCUCUUUUUUUCUAUGCGCAAAACUGCCUGAAAGCAACUACAGAAUUUCAUUCAUCUGUGCUUUGCAUUAAACUGUGAAUAUUCAGACACCUGCCUCCACUUCUCCCCACCCCAAGAAAUUGUCAUCUUCCUGAUCAUGAAGAAGAGACUUCUGUUUUUUAUCCCCUCUACACUCUUCAAGGAGUAAUAAUUUGUUCAUUUGUUGAAUUGCUGGGGGAAGGUGAGAAGAAUUCUUUUUUUAUAUAUAUA